AUGGCGAGCGACUACACGCCGGCCGCUGAGGGCAUCCCGCAGUACUUUCUGCCGAUGCUCGACGACCGCGACCGCAACCUCAAGUACCACGCCGCGAUCACCGCGGCGAUCCGGCAGUUCAAGGCGGAGCAGCGGCGGCCGCCGAGGGUGCUCGACGUGGGCGUGGGGACCGGGAUGCUCUCUGCGAUCUGCCUCGAGGCGGGCUGCGCGUCGGUCACGGGCCUCGACACCAACGAGACGAUGUGCCACCUCGCAGACUUGCACCUCGGCAAGCUGCGGUCGCGCGGCGGCGGCUCCUUUCAGGUGGUGCACUGCCCAGGCGGCAAGGCGCCGGCGUGGUUCGCGGGCCGGAGGUUCGACAUGCUCGUCUCGGAGAUCCUCGGCACGCUCACCACGUCGGAGAGCAUGCUCAAGUACCUCACCAAGUACGCGCGGGCGCACCUCGACGUCUUUGUCGACGAGGCCACCGGCGAGCGCCGCGUGUACGCCGUGCCGCAGCGGACGGCGCAACACUACGCGAGCUACGCGUUUCCGCGCGCCGACCUCGGCCCCACGCUCUCCGCGGUGCUCGAGGCCACGCUCGAGGCGGCGGCCGGCCGCUUCCUCCCCACGAACGACGGCGGGCUCGGGCUCGGGCUGCACCUCUACCCGCGCGAGCGUGUCGGCCCGCGCCGCACCUUUUACGAGGAGGACUACACCCGCUGGCCCUUCUCGCACUCGCACGCCCACUCAAAGCCGGAGCCGCUGCAGCUGCACGCGCCGCCGGGCGGACGCUUGCUGGAGUGGGACGUGACUCUAUGGGGCCGCGGCGACGGCGCAGUCGGCCUCUCAAACUCGCUCGACGGCUACGAGGCCUUCGGCGCCUCUUUCCCCGACGGCGGCCGAAACGGAUUCGCGCGGGCGGCGGCGUGGGGCUUCUUCGCGAUGCGGCUGCCGCAGCCAGUGCCGCGUGCGACGGGCGCGCCCAAGCUGCAGAUCGCGCGGCUGAACGGGCAGACGAGCGCCAAGCCCAAGAUCACCGUCGAUGGGGUCGAAUACCACGAGGUGCUCGAUGACCCGCAGCCGCAGCUCGCGAUGGCGGCCGACACGGCGCUGCCCGCCGCGUACCUGCGCGCCCUCGCCGCCGCAGCCGACGGCGAGCGAGGGCGCGGCCGCAGGCUGCUGAUCGUCAACGACAUCAGCUGCGGCGCCAUAGCGGUGCAAGCGGCGGCGUGGGGCUGGCAGCCGCCGCCGCUGCGGCCAGUGGUGCGGUUGGCCGAGGCGGAGGCGAUCGUCGGGCGGUAUCUCGCGCCCGGCGGCGUGAGGCUGCCUCCGGCCUUCGACGUGGCGCAGGCGAGCGCGAGCGUGGAGCGCGUCGUCGCCACAAAGCGGGCGAGCAAGGCGACGGCCACCAAGCGCGGGCUGGACAUGGCGGCGGUGCGGACGGUGCGGGGCGACAACAACCUCGUCACCUCCACGCUGCACCUGCUCGACCUCUCCGACGACCUCCUCACGCCCGGCUACCGGCUGCGGCUGCGGCAGACGCGGCUGCCGCUCGCCGACGGCGUGGAGGUCGACUCGAGCGUCGACGCGUUGCGCCGGAUGGCGUAUUCGGCCGAUCCGGCCGAGCGGCGCGUGGCGGCGGCCCGCGCCACGUAUCACGGCUUCAGCGCGUCGAUCCGGUCUGUCUUUGCCGCCCCUACGCCGGAAGGCGGCGGGGCUGGCAAGAAGCGGCGGCAGGCCGAGGCUGCGACGCCGGUCGCGGCGGCGGGCGCGGAGGCCGAGGGUGCUGGCGCGGAGUCGCCGGCGCCGGUCGCGCCGCAGGGCAUGCGCUUGCUCCUCCUCCGCGCGCUGGUCGUCGGGGAGAAGUCGCGCGAGGCGAUUGUGGAGCACGCGCUGUCCGAGGAGCCGGACCGGCGGCGCGACUCGAGUCUUCAUAUUCGCUAA